UGGGAAAUUUCAUGCGCCAGAUAAAACAGAGGGGUCCUCUAAUGCUCCAGAUCCAAAGUCUUUUUGUUUUCCUUCACACUCAAGCUCCAUUGUUUUAUCUUGAAUUCAUUUGAUUACCACCAAAUUCUUGGGAUCCACCAUUUAAGAUCUGGUUUGAAUUCCGUUCCCAAGUUCUGGUUCGGAAUCUGAUAGCUGCACUCUGCUCACUGGUAAGGGAAAUAUAUAGAUUAGCUCAAAUGGCUGUGAGAAAGCCAGGUUUGAUCGCUUUAUUUGAUGUUGAUGGGACGCUCACAGCGCCAAGAAAGGCGGCCACUCCAAAGAUGUUAGAGUUCAUGCAGGAACUGAAGAAGGUUGUUACUGUUGGAGUGGUGGGGGGAUCUGACCUCUCUAAGAUAUCAGAGCAGCUUGGCAAGACAGUUACACAGGACUAUGAUUAUGUAUUUUCCGAGAAUGGGCUUGUGGCCCAUAAAGAGGGCAAGCUCAUUGGCACCCAGAGCUUGAAGACGUUUCUUGGAGAAGAAGAGCUCAAGGAAUUUAUAAAUUUUACACUCCAUUAUAUUGCUGACUUGGACAUUCCGAUAAAAAGAGGCACAUUUAUAGAAUUCCGGAGUGGGAUGAUUAAUGUAUCGCCAAUUGGGCGGAAUUGCAGCCAAGAAGAAAGGGAUGAAUUUGAGAAAUAUGACAAGGUCCAUAACAUUCGCCCAAAAAUGGUGUCCGUGCUGAGAGAAAAGUUCCCACACCUUAACCUGACAUUCUCAAUAGGAGGGCAGAUAAGUUUUGAUGUUUUUCCUCAAGGUUGGGACAAGACAUAUUGCUUGAGAUACCUUGAUGAGUUUGAUGAAAUCCACUUCUUUGGGGACAAAACUUACAAGGGAGGAAAUGAUCAUGAAAUUUACGAAUCAGAGCGAACAGUGGGUCACACAGUUACCAGUCCUGAAGAUACCCUGGAGCAAUGUAAAGCUCUCUUCCUGGCAAAUUCCUAAGCUGGCGAUCUAGUUUUGUAUUUGAUUGUAUUCCAUUUGUAUAUUAAACAUUUGAGAAUAAACACAAGUAGAAUUCCUGCUUGUGUAAUUUUUAUGAUGCAUUCGAACUUGAUAAAGAGAUGUAGACAUCCAUGUACUUUUGAACCCUAAUUAAUCAUAGGGGUUGAACUUUGAAUCUUAUGUGAUUUGAAAUUUUACUUUCA